CAGAAAGCUUUGUCCCACAUCACCUUAAACCUUAAACCAGUUUUUUAUAAGUAAAAUAUAUCCCCAUCGAGGUUAAGUGGUAGAGACGAGGUUAAGUGGUAGAGAGGACUUUAUAGUCCUAACUUCCCCUCUAAUAAAGACAUUUUUCAUUUCAUUUUCAUUUCAUCCAACUGAUUUUGUGAUAUCAUAUAGUGUUGUUCAUAGUUGAGUGCUAUAACCAUUUCAAUGCCAUGUCCUGUAGUAGCAGAUUUGUAUAACAACUUCUAGAGUCAGGGCUGGCUGGCCAUUGAUAGUGAGAGGAUUAGUGGAAAAUACAUUAAUGUCAAUAACAAUAAUAGUAAAAAAAUUAUGUAAAAAUACAAGAGCUCAGAUGAAUCAUACUUUCCAAUGAACAAUAGAUUUUAAACCAUACAGACUGAAUCAAGAUUGAAUACAUAUUUUUGAAGGAAAAAAAUACAAUAUAAAUAAACAUAGUGCACAAGCAAUUUCCAUACUGUAACAGAAUGUGAUAUGAGUAUUGCCUCCAUGAAGCAGUUAUGAAUAAGUUAGUUCAAGGCCCUGUUAUCUCCCAGAAAACAAUAGUGUGGCCAGUUUGUCGCUUACUGAUAGUGCAUUCAUUAUAUGGAGGCUUAACUUGGGCCGUCAUGGAUGUAACAUCGAGAAACCGUAAGAAUCGCAUCAUUCGAGAAUAUACCAUGUUGCAGAUUGUCAAACCAGGCCAGAGUCUUGAGGGGAUUCUCUGAGGAACUGUAUUGGACCGAGACCAUUGAAUGGUUGGCACAGUUACUGUAGUUCUCUGUAGUGGUGAAAGUGACAGACUACAGACCAGACGGACAGACAGUCAGCUACCACUACUCCAGUUAGCUGGUGUUCCAACACCUCUCCUCCUCCUCUCUUCCACCAUGUACAAGAUAGAUUAUUUUGAUUGUCUUCUCCAAAUUAAGUUAUCAGCCAUCAAAGACGUUGUCGUUGUUUUUAAGGACGAUACCAAGACCAGAGCAAACUUGGCAUGUGGUUGCUUGUUCUCCAACUUUACUGUAAUGUCAAUGUUGAAUUGUUAAUAAUAAUUAAUAGGUCCUAAAAUUUCAAAAUAAAAUACGAAUUUGAAAAAUUUCUUAAACAGACAA